CACUACUCUCGUCCCUCUCUGACCCACAGUCAGUCGCACACAUUUACACACAUGCGGGUGGACGGCGGAUUCUGAAAUCUCCGUGAAGAUGGUGGUACCGGGGACGUUUUUUUAACUGUGCUUGGAGAGCUCACAUAACGCUUUACAGCGGUAUCCAUUGUGCCUCUUCUGGAAAGAAAGACCGGCGAAUGGCCAGACAACUGGGAAUAGAACAUCUCAAAGGGAUAGAGAGGAUCGGACGGGAAGUGCGUUUAAAUAGCUAAACCCGCAAAUCUGCCUUGAAUUACAAUUGAAGUAUUUGAACAGAAGAAACAGACGUCUGCUUCUUCAUGCAAUUGAGUUAAAGUGGGGGAUCAAGGAGCCGCUUGUCUGUUCAGGGAGGACUCGGUGUCCGGGGGAUACGAGGAGGGGAGAAAGCUGGUAAUUAGCCCAUAUUCUCCACUUGCUAUUCGUCUGCGACUCAAUGGGAAGAAUAGUGGCGUGGGAAAAGUUUCCAUCAAACGAGCAAAGGAGGACGGAAAGGGGCAACAUACAACCAAGACUGGCUUCCUCCGUGGCCCUGUAUGGAUGGCAGACUGAAGUUUACUGACAAUUCAAUUGCCGGUCACUCGUGGAAUUAUGGGAGAAACCAGUGCCAGUUAUCAGGAAAUUAAAAUAAAUGUUAUGUUGACUUGACUGUUUUUGUAUUAUCAAAACAAGAUUUACUCAACACAGACUGAGCAUGGGCUGGAUCUAAUAAAGUAGGUAUUUGCGCGUGUAGGCCUACACUUGAUCUCCAAUUAAAUUGUGGGUCUACUACAUUUUGCAGCUCUUUUCUCUAUUCUGCCACCUUGUCCUCUUCAAAUUGCCCACUUCUAUCAGCGUGGAUCCCCGGGAAUUGGAGGCGCAGCUUUGGAAAUUCCGGAGAGGGACCUCAGGAAAGGACGGGGCUCCAUCCAUGGAAAUACUUAGAAUAGGCCUUUUCCCAAUCACAGCCAGAGCAUUUGGGUAAAGAAGGAUAAUGGGCAUUAGACGUCAGUGUUUGUUUACUCUUUCUUGUUUAUGGGAAGACAUUUCCGCCUUAAAUAACCCAGCACAUGUCAAACAAUAGUUCCGUAACUGUGGCUUUUCUUGCGAUGCCUUUACAACGCCGGCGCGUGGGUUUAUUUGGGGAAUACGGGAUAAAGUUCUACACACACUAAGUGUUUACGCGUGAAGUUUGAAAUGAUUAUUUUUCUCAUAUAUCACUGUAAAUUGGAAUCAAUUUCUGAAUGCAUUAUAGUCUACUUUCUUAAAAGCAUUACCAUGUAAUAUAUAACAUAUAAGAGAGGACAGGCAGGAGGCUACAGUUCUGUAGAGACAAAUAUAAAUGCAGACGGGAUCUAAAAUCGAUAGAGGAUUAUUUUGACAGUGCAUGUACAAAGAAUGGCUAUGCAGGCAGCCAAGUAGUGAGAGCAUGAAGGAAUUUGAUCCAGGUUUCAGUUGUCAUUAUCUGAAGAAUUUGUCCCAAUAUACCAGUAGUCUACAGUCGGCUAUUUAGUCAGGGGAGAGCCUUGGAAAUACUACUGAAUACUGCUAAAGUAGUAUUACACAACUAGGUUUCUACAGUCAACAUAAUUAUGUUAUGUAAGAUUUUGACUUCUCCCCAAAUCUUUUUCAAUGAGUCAAAAACAGUUGUCAGUACUUGGACUGGAACCGAAUGAACUGUGCGACACAAGUGAGUCAAAACAGAGGAGAAGGUAUAGGAAUGCGAGUAUUGACGUCAUGAGGGGCAAUAAUUAACAGAUCAAAAUUCAGUACAGGCUAACUGUCAGACUUUUUCUUUGGAGAUGUUUUCUGUUAGUGCAUAAUUUAUUUGUUCUAGUCUAGAGGGUACCACACUCAAUACAUUCAUAGCCUACAUUGCCUUGCAAAUAGCAAUUCGCUCUAUUGUUGUCGAAUUUCUGUUAGAUUAAAAAGCAACAUGGCAUCCCCCCAACAUCAGCAGCUGCUGCCUCACAACACAGAGGUGAGCUGUGACUCAAGCGGCGAGGGCAGCGUCUCUGUGAGGAUCAGCAGUAGUGUCAAACACAAGCACGGAGGAGGAGCCGGGGCGCUGGGUGGCAUGGGAGGAGGCUUCAUGGGGAGUGGGUCCAAACACUGCAAGUACAGCAUCUCCUCUAGCUGCAGCUCGGGAGAGUCCGGGGUUCUCAGGUCUGUGGUUAAGGGGCUGCGAACCCAGAGGAAGAUGCCCCAGCUGUUCGAAAGGUCUGCUGGGCACUUCUGGGACCCAAAGUUUGACUCUCCCAUCCUGGAGGAGGCAUGCAGGGAGAGGUGCUUUCCCCAGACCCAGCGGAGGUUCCGCUACGUCCUCUUCUACCUGUUCGCCGCCAGCCUCCUCUGGGGGGUGUACUUUAGUGCCAACCCCGACCGGUGUGACCGAACUGCCUUCCUCGUCCCCACCGCCUGCUUCCUCCUCUUCUGCCUCCUCCUCUUCCUUUUGACGUUCACAAGGAUCUACGUCCGCUGCUACAACCAGGCGUCGCUGCUGCUCAUCGUGGUGACCUUUGCCCUCACCCUGGCACCCCAGAUCCAGACAGCCGGCUUCAGGGACCUGGAGACCCUCCCUCCUGAGGAUGUGGUGGAGGAUGCGGAGGACUUCAGUGGCAUGGAGCCCAGAAAUGUGACCUUCAACCGGGACUUACCCACGGGCAGCGCCUGCCUAUCUCCAGUAGGGACCUUCUCCCUGGGCAUGGAGGUGCUGCUGCUACUCUACAGCGUCCUCCACGUCCGACUCUAUGCCUCGGUGCUACUGGGACUUCUCUACUCUGUGCUCUUUGAGGCUCUGGGAUGGCUUCACCUCACCCAGGCUGCUGGGGAUGGUUGGAGCCAGGCCUUGGAGGGGUCUGACUGGGACACUCUACGCUGGCUGGGGCCAGCCAAAGCUUUGCUCCACCUGUGCGCCCAUGCCAUCGGCAUCCACCUUUUCAUCAUGUCUGAGGUGCGAUCGCGAAGUACCUUCCUCAAGGUGGGCCAGGCCAUCAUGCACGGCAAGGACCUGGAGGUGGAGAAGGCGCUGAAAGAACGCAUGAUCCACUCUGUGAUGCCUCGGAGGGUGGCCGAUGACCUGAUGAAGCAGGGCGACGAGGAAGGCUUGGCGGGCGGGAGCUCGGCCAAGCGCUACUCCAGCAGCGGCGCGGCGGCCGUCAUCUCCAGUCCCAAGAACAACAAGAGGAAUAAGACCUCAAUCCCGAGAGGCCAGAUCAUCUUCAGACCCUUCAACAUGAAGCGCAUGGAGCCCGUCAGCAUCCUCUUCGCGGAUAUCGUAGGCUUCACCAAGAUGUCUGCCAACAAGUCGGCCCAUGCCUUGGUGGGGCUCCUCAAUGACCUCUUUGGACGUUUUGACCGGCUGUGUGAGCUGACGUGCUGUGAGAAGAUAAGCACCCUCGGGGACUGCUACUACUGCGUGGCAGGCUGCCCUGAGCCUCGGGCUGACCAUGCCUACUGCUGCGUAGAGAUGGGGCUGGGCAUGAUCCAAGCCAUCGAACAGUUCUGCCAGGAGAAGAGCGAGAUGGUUAACAUGAGGGUGGGCGUCCACACGGGCACUGUCCUCUGCGGUAUCCUCGGGAUGAAGCGAUUUAAGUUCGACGUGUGGUCCAACGACGUGAACCUGGCCAAUUUGAUGGAGCAACUGGGCGUGGCCGGGAAGGUGCACCUAUCAGAGGCCACCGCCAACUUUUUGGAUGACCGGUACCAGCGGGAGAACGGACGGGUCACUGAGAGGGUUGGACAGAGCGUGGUGGUGGACCAGCUGAAAGGAUUGAAGACCUACCUGAUCUCAGGGAGGAAGGUGGAGCCGUGCUACUGUAGCUGUUCCCAGCUGGGCCUGGUUGGCCUGGAGCCUGGGGGACACCGCUGUCCCACAUCCCAUGCCCACACCCCAGAUGGAGCCCCCAGAGCCCCCUCAGCCUGUGGCCUACCCCAGAGAGGGGCUCCCGACAGGGCCAAGUCUCAUUGUCUCUCCUGCAGUGCGGCUGUAGUUCCAAAGGAGGAUCAGGUUCUGGAGAAGGGCACGGUGCAGAACGGUUGCCAUGACGAUCACACGACCAAUAGCAGCAAGGACACCUCAUCUCUCAAAUGUCCCUCCCAGGCCCCCUUAGGCUGCAGCCCUAAGGCCCUGAACGGUCUGCUGAGCCCCAGGCUGGAGGAGCCCCUGACCAACAGCCAGACGUCCCUGUGUGAGAUGCUCCAGGAGAAGGAGAAGAAGUGGGGUGGAGGGGCCAUGGGGAUGGACCACUCUGCUCUCAUCCCCCUGCGCUCCAAGAACUUCAGAGAGAGGAGCGACGCUCACUUUGUGGAUGUUAUCAAAGAGGACAGUCUGAUGAAGGACUACUUUUUCAAGCCUCCCAUCAACAAGCUGAGCCACACCUUCCUGGACAGAACCCUGGAGUCUGCCUACAGGACCAGCUACCAGGAAGAGGUGGAGACCCAGGCAGCGGUACAGACCUUUGCCAGUCCUACCUUCAGCUCUUUCCUGGACAUGGUCCUGUGUUGCUCAGUGUUCCUGGCCCUCUCCCUGGCCUGCCUCCUCCGGCCCCUGCUCUCCCUCCCUGGGGCCCCUCUGCCUGCCCCGGCCCUCGCCCUGGUUGCCGUGGCCACCCUGCUGGAGGCCCUGGCGCUGGUGCUGUCUAUACGGAUGGCCUUCUACCUGGACAGCGUGAUGAGCUGCACUAGAACCCUGCUGAGGGCCAUCUCUGGCUGGGUCCCCCGUCACCUGAUAGGGGCCGUGCUGGUGUCCCUGCCCGCUGUGUCCGUCUUCUCACACGUCACCUGUGACAUGCACCUCUCCAUACAGUUCACCAUGCUCACCUGCUGUGCAGUGAUCAUUGCCAUCAUCCAGUACUGUAACUUCUGCCAGCUGAGCUGCUGGAUGCGCUCGGCCAUGGCCACGGUGGUGGGACUGGUGCUGUUCGCCCUGCUCUUCAGCCCGCCCUGCAGUUCUGCCAACAGUAUGUUAUUUUGGUCUGGCGACGCCACCAACAACAGUAACCGCAGCAGUGUUGUACAUGGUCAGCCUGAGCCCGCCGCUGACCCCGUGCCCCGCCUCCAGGACCUGCUGGGCCCCGAGGUGGGAGUGGCCUUCUUCCUGCUCCUCCUGCUCGUCUGGUUCCUCAACCGCGAGUUCGAGGUCAGCUACCGCCUCCAUUACCACGGCAACGUGGAGGCCGACCAGCACCGCAUCAAGAUCCAGAACAUGAGGGACCAAGCCGAUUGGUUGCUUAGGAACAUCAUCCCCAUCCACGUGGCAGAGCAGCUCAAAGUGACUCAGAGUUACUCCAAAAACCAUGGUAAUGUUGGCGUGAUUUUUGCCAGUAUCGUUAACUUUAGCGAGUUCUACGAGGAGAGUUACGAGGGCGGCAAGGAGUGCUACCGCGUGCUCAACGAGCUCAUCGGUGACUUCGACGAACUGCUUCGCGAGCCGCCCUUCAACAACAUCGAGAAGAUCAAGACCAUUGGUGCCACGUACAUGGCGGCGGCUGGGCUGAACGCGCAGCAGUGCGCCGAGACGCCGCACCCUCACGGCCACCUGCGGGCGCUGUUUGACUUCGCACUGGAGAUGAUGCGCGUGGUGGACGACUUCAACAAGAACAUGCUGGGCUUCAAGUUCAAGUUGCGCAUUGGUUUCAACCACGGUCCUUUGACUGCAGGGGUGAUUGGCACCACUAAGCUGCUCUACGACAUCUGGGGCGACACUGUGAACAUCGCCAGCCGCAUGGACACUACGGGCGUGGAGUGCCGCGUGCAGGUGAGCGAGGAGAGCUACUGCGCCCUCAGUGCCAUGGACUACAACUUCGACUACCGCGGCACAGUCAACGUCAAGGGCAAAGGUCAAAUGAAGACCUUUCUGUUCCCCAAGAGUGCGGACAGCGGCGCCCCCGUGCCUCAGUACCUGCUCUCCGUCUCGCCAGAGAUCCGGGUGCAGGUGGACGGGAGUAUCGGGCGCUCGCCAACAGAUGAGCUCUCUAAUAUGGUGCCUAGCUCCAUCUCUGGUGUACCCAGUACCACCAGUCCCUCGCUCAGCUCUGGGGUGUCCACGGGUCUGCUGCGGCUUGAGAGGGGGGUGGUGGAGGCUGGAGAUAGGCCAGACAGUCGGCAACAAUACUACUGUAGCCCUACUACUACAGAGACCAUCGCAGCCAGACGCUCCUCCUCAUCAUCCUACGUUGGUCUAGCCUCCCUGCCUAUCACAAGUCAAGCUGGAGCUACUUUGAAAGUCAAACAACCAAAUCUGUCCAUCACUAAUAAAGAUGAAACUCCUUCAACCAGCGUCCAACAACCAAAUCUGCCCACCACUAGUCUAGCUGGAGCUCUUUUGACAGUCCAACAACCAAGUCUACCUAUCAAUAAUAAAGGUGAAACUCCUUCAACCAACGUCCAACAACCAAAUCUGCCCACCACUAGUCUAGCUGGAGCUCUUUUGACAGUCCAACAACCAAGUCUACCUAUCAAUAAUAAAGGUGAAACUCCUUCAACCAACGUCCAACAACCAAAUCUGCCCACCACUAGUCUAGCUGGAGCUCCUACAACAAACGUCCUCCAACAACCAAAACCUGUGGUGCCUGCCUCCCUCCAGUCUCUCUCCCCUCAGAAUGCCACAGCAACUGAGUCACGGAAGGAGGUGGAAAAAGAGAAAGAGGAGCAGGACGAUGAUGACAUUAUUGGCGAGCUAACGAAACUCUAAGACUGUUAUGUCUGCGAUAGUUUUUUGCAUUAGCCUUCAGCCCUUUAAGCACGGCCUUUCUUGCAUUCCUGCCAGUUGAAGCUUAUUAUGGAACAGUCAUAUGUGACGAGAAGGCAUACAGGAGGGAGCACCUAAAUGGCAGACUGUAAGAAAACAGUUUCUUGCUCCUCUGUUGUCAAUUCCUCUCCAGGUUCGUGCUCAUUAGGACACACCUUUGUUAAUCUUUUUGCAACUGUAUGCGAAAAUGAGCGUUUCUUAUUGAACAAGUUCAGAUACUACGUCUGUUUUCUUCCCGUUCAUGCCCACUGAACACGACCGAUGUAUCUGGUGGCCACAGUAAGAGUGAAUAAGAAGAUAGGGAAAGUACGAUGGGCGCUAUUACUUAACUUAUGUUGCUAUAGAAACCCAGCCUCCUAUGAUCUACUUGAUUCUCACUAACAUCUUUAGUCUUUUUUUGUUAAUGUAUGUUUUUGGAUUUUUUUUUCUCGCCUUUGUUUUUUAAUGUCUUGAUUAAGUGCCUUUAGCACAAAAUAAUGUGUAGAACAAGCUGGUCUGGACGAGGAACGAAGAAGAAGCAUAAAGGGGAAAGAACGCUGGGAAAGACUUCUACACUACCAAACUGUGAACCUUAUGUACAUUUUAAGGCAAAAGCUUGGUUUCUGUCAGUUUGUUAUAGUUGUCUUUGGUCUGUGUAGCUAUGAAAUUGCUUGUAUUACUGUAGGUAAGGAGUUUACAAGAAUCGGAGCAAUAAGAAAUGCCACAGUGAAGAGUGAAUGAUGGGUUACAAAGGGAAGCAAGAUGGAGUCGUCUUUUCACAGUGAAUCACUUUAAAUUGUCUAAGAAAAGCACAGGCCUCGCCUCGCACAAUGCUCUCAGACAAACCCACAACAAUAUCUAGAACAUCAGUCGGAAGGCUUGACUGUGUGCUUGUGUCUGUGCGCUACACUACAGUAAUAACUGCCAUCCACGGCCUCAUGCGGAGAGGUGGCUGUAAGUUGUCAUUCUGCAACUGAUGAAACCGUGGGGAGAAGGUGGGGAGUGUGAUUAAGACAUAAUGAAAUCCCUCUGGCUGAUGUGGUAUCUUUUCUCCUGGCCCUGGUUAAAAGUAAGGACCUCUGUCUUACUAGCCUCAAGCCGUCAACUAGACCUUGGUAAUAGUAAUUAGGGCUGAAUCCUAACUCCCACUUAAGUCUGUUUUAAGUCAAAGUCUCCAAUUGACAUCAAUGCAUGACUAAGUGAAAAUGUUUAAGUUAGGACUUGACCCUAACUCUUUAACAUAUCACUAAUUAGCUUCAGCUGCACAUUAGCUUUGCAAGUCUAUAAAGCUAACUUUUAGCACCACAGGUUGGUUCAUGUGCCAUAACCUCUUCCUAGUCUUUUACAGGAAUGCAAUCUGUUGUUAGGCUACCGUUGUUGAGGUUUGAAGCGCACCCCUCUAGGUAGGCCUCCUAAUAGGUAGUUGCUAUUGAACGUGCUGGUUUGCUUACAAUACACUUAACAAUCUGCUCAAAUUGUUACAUGUGCAUCAUGUACAUAUCAUGUGGAAUAGGCAAGAGCACAAACAGAUCUGGGACCAGGCUAGUAGUCUCUUGUGACGGACCUGAGUUAAGAUGUUGAGUGAUCCAGUUUAACGGAAUGGUAGAUUGGUAUAUUGACCUUCAAAUAGGACUUGAUCUGCUAUCGCCACGCCCCCCUCUGUUACUCUACCGUCCGGCUAUUUAGAAAUACAUGCAAGGGGGAAUGCACCCGAUUCCUCUUGUUACAGCAUUCCUGCCUAAUUAGAUCCUGGAUAAUAAGGGACGUUUCUAACAUGUGUCAUGUAAACAACAUAUACAAAUAAACAUGUAAAGUGUGCAUGUUCAGUGCUACAUAUUUUCCUAUUGGUUUUGUGUGGUUUGUUUUGUUGAAGUUGAGAUCUUGUUGUUUUCUUUUUAUAUAUAUACAUGUACUGUAUGCAUUGUUUUAUCAGAACCUUUCUUGAGAUAAUUGAGUAUGGUGAACUGUACAGUGCAUAUCCUCCAACUGCAAGUCUAAUCAUCCCUGUCACUUUCUCUCUGUUUUAGUAAAAGGGCUUGGGUGCUCGGGGGAAAUAACAAAACAAGUAAUGGUACUACUAGGUUUCCAUCCAAUUGGCGACACAUUUUCUUGUGAAUAUUCUAAAAUCUACAUGAAGAAAAUCUGCGUAUUUUUCCACCAGUGGUGUGUUUCCACCAAACGGACUUGUUGAGGAUAAAAAUCAGUGCAGGAUGACAAAGUGCACACAAAAUAUACUUUUUCACUUAAGUUUUCACGUACCAAAUAAAAAUCUAAAGUUCAGUGUGUUUCCAUUGCAUUUUCAACUCUACCAAUAGUUUUGUUAUAAAAAAAAAACUGUUGGGUAAAAUAGCAAAUUUGCCUACUCUGGUCUUGGUACAUGCGCUCUAACCAACAGCUCACAGAUACAGUGCGGAUAGGCUCGUCUACGUAAUGAGAUUAUUAUGGAUAAGAGCGAGAAAAUUUGUAUUUUUCAAAUGGCAAUCAAGUGUCGAUCAACAUGUCACCAGAAUCAGACCCUGGAGAUUUAUUGGAAAGGAGCAUCAAGAUCACUGUGCACUUUCAUCACCCUGUGAAGUUCUUCAUAAGUUAGGCCUAUUUCAUCUGUAGCCUAAUAAACUGCUUAUCAUCGCGUAACUCAAGGUUUACUUCGAUAUGAUUAUUAUAUGAAUAUUUACCUUUAAAGGCGUUUCCACUGCCAUUUCUCGCAUAAUUAAUAAAAAAAAUGACCAACACCGAAAGAUCCCACCCCGUCAAACAAACAAAUGAUCUUUUGGCAUUUAUAAAAUUGUACCUAAACUUCCUGUUUCCAUCACAGAUGUCGUGAUUUAAAAAAAUUAUACGGUAUGACCUUACUCACAUAAAAACUGGGGAUGGAAACGUCUUAUAUUAUUUGUGACCUCAGACAUACUUUGAAACCUCAAAGGUACAAUAUAAAAGCGUUCUGAAUUAGGAGAAUAACUUGGGAAGUAAAUGUUCAAAGUAAAAGACCCCAAAGCAACAUGUUUUAGUUUAGUAAAGAUGGAGAUACUCAGGAUAUCCCAGCAAUCAUUUGGGUUUUAAGUGCAUCUUUCAACUUUCAGUACUUAAGUUUCUCUUUUGUAGUGCCAUAAUUGGUUUUACUACAGGUUCCUUGUGUGUACUGCAAGAGUUUGCUAGUAGUGCCUUUUCAGUCAUAGGAAAAUCCUCUCUAAAUCAACUCUGAUAUCAUUUAAUUAAGAUUGCCAUGUUUUGUUUCUCAAACUUCCUUGAAUACACCUUUUUGUUGCUUUUUGACAUGUGUACAUAUUUUUCUCAUCCAAGUUCUUUAAAAUGUUUAUAUGAAUUUGACAUGUGCCUUUUCUACUUCAUAACCUGCUGAGCAAUUGUUUCCAACAUUUAGUAUCACUGAUAUGAGUAUGAAACUCAAUAUUGCAGUUCAUUGUCACUUUUUGGUACACAGCUGCCACUUAUUUGUUCUGAUGUGGAUUUAAAAACAGGGAAUAACAAAAAUGUAGUUUUGCUUUUUUUGACUGGAUAUUGUUGUACUGUGUAGAAUUGCUUGAAUGGGGUUAGGCCCAUUUUAAGUGCAUUAAUCUACAAACGGGAUUGUUUUCAAAUUGUUAAAUGUAUUCUUGCCGAUUAUGAGCGUGCAACCCUUGUUGUAACCUACCCAAAUUGCAUUGAUUACAAUAAAGGGAAACAAUCAGUUUAAAUCAUAAACAUCACACAGUGUUAUGUUGCUAAAUGUCCCAAGGAAGGGGAAUCUGCAUAAUUGAGGUCUGGACACAUGAAAGGAAGAUAAAACCCAGAUAUUAGCUACAGCUUAUCUUAUUGCUUUUGAGAAACUCUGCUUAUCAACCUAUGGAUUCCUGAUGUUUUAUCGUGUUGAUGCUGGAUAAGUAGCGUUCUUUAGAAAGCGAAGGGAAAUAAAUAGUUUAAUUUAAGGCUAACUCUUAUAGAGUUGUUGGAGCUCAAAUCUUGAGCCCAAUUCAGUCUGAACCGUACUGUGAUGAUGGCUCUAUUUUCAUUUCACACUGCAACUGUGGUGAAUGUGUUACUGAACCAGCUCAGUUCAGCUCGGUUGGGCUCAGUAGUGUGAAAAAGGAAUUGUGUUCCCUACUUCAAAAAAAGCUUAGGGUUUUUUGUUGUACUAACUUGCCUUCCUGCAAAAAGGACUUCAUGAAUUGACAAUGGGAUGGAAACGUUGUGAACUAACAGAAUGGCACAUUGGGACUAGUUUUGAUGCCUAAUAGAGAUGUCAUUGAUUUAAUGUAUGUUUGGCCUUAUUUCCCCCUCUUUAAUUUGCCCGGUCUUGUCGUGCACAUUGAUGCCGGGUUGUUUCUAUACUCACUAGUACGAUAUGUAUGCGGUAUGUAUACAUUUUGCACAAAGCACUCACUCUGUAUGUACAUAUGCAUUUUAUAUUUUGUAUUAUUUAUACAGGUGCCAUUGUUGAAGGGUUGAGGAAUACAUGGAAGGUUAGAUAAACGUUAGAUCACUGUUACAAUUACAUCCAAAUGUCAUGUUUGCCUGCAUGUAUAGUAUGUGUGUGUACCUACACUGUACCUGUAUGAUUGUGGGAGAGGGAUGCUCUAACUUACCCCAGUAGGCCUAGGAUUGUGUGCUGCCUGAACUUGUCCAUUUCUUUCCACCUCAGUAUGUCAAAGUCAAUUUACAUUUGAGUAAUUUAGCAGACACUCUGAUCCAGAGCAUACAUUUUUUCCCAUACUGGUCCCCCAUGGGAAUCGAACACACAACUUGCCAUUGCAAGCACCAUGCUCUACCAACUGAGCCACAUGGGACACUGACAAGGACCUAUAAGGACAUUUUUCCUGCCACCACUACUUCUAUAUAGGCCUAGGCGACAGGAUCUCUCCAUGCUAAGGGAUCCCAUGGUAUUCCCCCAUGAGUAGCCUGGUCGGUCUCAGAUUGGUUUAUGCUGUUGGCAGCUCCUAUGGUCAAUGUAACAACAAACAAUGACCGUAGGAGUUGACGAGACAGUGCAAACAGAUCUGGGACCAGGCUACAUCAUCAACACCCUGCAAGGUAAAAUCACACUGCUAGAUUUCUGUUCAUGUUUUCAGACCCUGUUUCAUAUAGGCCUACUGAUAGUUGUGGCUGGUAGAUAUUUGGCCUCCCUUCCACUGUAUUUUAUAUAGCCUAUAGCACGCUGCAUUUUUGGAGGGGUCUGCAAAUGAAGGUAAAAAAAGAUGAAUAAAGUGAUUUUUUUUCCUGA